GUUCAAAAAGGCCAUCGCACCUAGAAAUGAAUGGUGUAUUUUGUACAGUCUUUGUUUAGUAUAGUUACUAGCAUAAUGAGAAUAAGAUAAAUACUAUUUACUUGUAAUAAUCAACAAAAAGUCACAAUGGAAGAGCCUACCUUACGUUAUGAAAAAAUUGACUUCCUUGGAGAAGGCCAAUUUGCAACCGUUUACAAAGCAAGAGAUGUGAAAACUGACAAAAUAGUGGCUGUGAAGAAGAUUAAAAUAGGUUCCCGUUUGGAGGCUCAGGAUGGCAUAAACAGGACUGCACUCAGAGAAAUAAAGCUGUUGCAGGAGCUGCAGCAUAUUAACUUGAUUGGACUGUUAGAUGUAUUUGGACAAAAAUCAAAUGUAUCUUUAGUGUUUGACUUUAUGGACACUGACUUAGAGAUAAUAGUUAAGGACAGCAACAUUGUGCUCACUCCGGCUAAUGUGAAGGCUUACAUGAUCAUGACAUUGAGUGGUUUAGAGUAUCUGCAUCAGAACUGGAUACUGCACAGAGAUUUGAAACCAAACAAUUUAUUGAUAAAUCGGGAUGGAAUAUUGAAAAUUGGUGACUUUGGUCUUGCCAAGGCUUUUGGGUCUCCCACCAGAAUAAAUACACAUCAAGUAGUGACCAGAUGGUACAGAUCACCAGAGCUGUUAUUCGGGGCUCGGCAGUACGGCACAGGUGUGGACAUGUGGGCCAUCGGCUGCAUCUUAGCAGAGCUCCUGCUCCGGGUGCCCUUCUUGCCUGGAGAGUCGGACUUGGAUCAGCUCACGCGCAUAUUCCAGGUGUUUGGCACACCUAAUGAUGAGAAUUGGCCUGGAAUGAAGGGGCUGCCGGACUACGUGCAAUUCAAGCAGUUCCCAGCGCAGCCGCUGCGGCACAUCUUCAGCGCGGCGCCGGACGACCUCAUACAACUGCUGGAGAGCCUGCUCGUGCUGUUCCCGCCGAAACGCUGCGACUGCACGCAGGCGCUGCAGAUGCCGUACUUCAGCAACAAGCCAGCCCCAACAGUGGGCAACAAGCUCCCAAUGCCCUCCAGUUUCACGAAGAUCGAGACAGAGAAGCCCACGCUCAAGAGGAAACUGCUCGACAGUAUCGACGGAGGCUCCCUACCCAAGAAACUGCUCUUCUGACCGGCGCCGUAACUUAGUACGACAGGGAGUGCAAUCUAUAUCAUUUACAAAGUGCAACUUGAGAGGUACGCUU